AUGUCUUAUCUCUUCAUACUUCUCUCAUCUUUCUUUCUCUUUCUACUCUCUUAUUGUCUUUCUAUUUUCUUUCUCUCUUUUUCUAUUCUCAUCUUUUGUUCCUCUUUUUGUCCCUAUUUUCUUUUUAUGAUUCUCUUUUUCUCUCUCUUUCCUUCUCUUGUAUAUCUCUUCCUCUCUUUCUUCAUCUCACUUUGUUUUCUUUGGAAUCCUAUCAUCUUUCCCUCUCUCUUUUUCUAUUUCUGUCUUUUGUUCCUCUCUUUGUCCCUAUUUUCUUUUUAUGAUUCUCUUUCCUUCUCUUGUAUAUCUCUCUUUCUCUAUCUUUACACUCCUCCCAUCUUUCUUUUCUCUCUUGCUUUUCUUCAUUAUUUUUCUCUCUAUUUUCUUUCCAUGCUUCAUUUUCUCUUUUGUAUAUCUCUCUUUCUUUCUCUUUAUACUUUUCCAUAUUUCUCUCUCUAUACUCUUUUCAUUUUCUUUUCUUUCCCAUUAUCUUUUCUCCAUUUCCCAACUGACACUUCUUUCUAA